AUGGUUUCCAUUUUGAGAAUGAGAGUGCUAACAUCUCUUGUAAUUGGAUUAGUGUUAGGGUUUUGUAGCUUUGUGAGAAGUGAACCAAAUACCAAAGUAGUGGAUUAUAUAUGCAAUGGUAAUGUGUGUGAUAAGAGUGGUCCAUUUGCACUAAGUUUAGCUUAUGUUCUUCAAGCAUUACAAAAUGUGACUCCAAAUCAAGGUUACACUUACUAUUCAACGUCUCCUUAUCCUAGUGAUGCCAUUGCUUAUGGUCAUGCUACUUGCAACUCCAUUAUUGAAUUUUCAGACUGUGGACUUUGUCUAAGUAGUGCAAAAUCAUACUUAUUGAGUACUUGUGACGGUAGCAUUGGAGGUCAAGUUGAAUUUGUGUUGAAAUCUUACGGAAAAUACUUUAUUACGAACACGUUUAGGGACUUUUCUUCAUCACGAACACUUGUAGGAACUUCUUUUACACUUGAGAAAAAUGCUUGA